AUGUACCAAUGCCAGGGCGUGUGGUUGCGACUCAUCGAGGACCGCGUCUGGGAUACACCAAAUCUCGUACCGGCUGCACACGAUGCAAGCAGCGACGCGUCAAAUUUAAUGUCGUCGGGACAAACGGAAGCUAGCGGCUCCACAGCCGGGCCAAGCUCAACAAGGUCCGGGCCGGGGUCUGGGUCCGGGUCCCGGCUCGGCACUACUCCACUAACCGGCAGCGGCGGCACCUCUUUGAGUUUUGCUACCCCAAUCGCCCCCGGCCCCUCUCCUGGCUCCGAGUUCCGUCCUCUAGCCACUUUUACCCCAGCAACCGGCAGCGCUAGUGAUCCUGUCGGCUCAUCCGGCGCCGCUCCCGCCUUUGGCUUUGGGUCUAUCUCCGGGUCUAGCCCCGUACCCGGCUUCGGUCGAACUUUUCCUCCAAUGUCCGGCGCCGCACCCACUUCUGGCUCCGGGUCUGGCUCCGGGUCUGCGCCCGUGUUCGGCUCCAGUCGAAAUCUUCUCCCAGUACCCAGCACCGCUGCCGCCUCUGGUUCCGGCUCCUUUCUUUCACCACCCGGCAGCGCUGGCAACCCUUUUACUCCAACCUCCAGCCCAUACUCAACGUCCCCAGCAGGAGUCCAUCAAGCUGUCGAAUCCGGGAUGCAUACAACAAACCAAAACAGCCGCAAUUCUUCAUUUCCAGCAUCUCGUGGCGCGAUCACUAUCACCCCUCCUACACCCAACCGUCAGACCCCCAUGGCUAUCCAAUCGCUCACCAACCCUCCAUACCCAACUCCUGUCGAAGUCUCUGGCUCCUCCUCACCUGAUUUAUACUCAACCACAAGGCCUGCAGGGCAAUUGUCUCUUCCUACUAUCCUGCCACGAACCAGUCCCCACCCCUCAGCCGGCGCUCCUCACAACCCAGUCCCUCAGUCUCGCUCCCGCCAUCCCACCCCCUUGCAGCCGAGUCCCAUGCCAAUCGAAUCAUCCAAUAUUCCCGCCACCGAUCCCUUCCGCUAUCUCACCCAAGCUUUCACAAACCCCAAAUCCCAGUUCCCCAGCUGCCCCUCCAACUCAGAGCUCGGCCCUCAGCUGCCGAACUUGGAACUCGUUUACCAUUAUACCGCCAACACUUACAAAAGUCUAACACGAGGAGUACACGAACACAUCUGGAAGGUCCAAGUGCCCAAGUUAGCCUUUUCAUACCCAUUUUUGAUGCACAACCUCAUGUCCACGGCUGCUUUCCACCUAGCGUGUACGGAACAGGAUGAAGAAAAAAGGCAGAAGUGGGGUACCGAAGGCAAUAGGCAUUUCGACUUGGCGUUGAGAGGAAUGACGGAGAUCUUGCGCAAGGAGGGCGUCACGCCGGAGAACUGCCAUGCUGUUUUCGCUUCCAGUUCGCUGUCGUUUAUUGGAGCUUUGUGCGGUAAGGGGCCGCUGUUUGGUCCGGCUUAUAACAGGGAACAGGAAAAGAUACAAGCCCCUAUGAUUGACGAGCUACUGGGAGUCUUCAUACUGGUCAGGGGUAUUGGCAGUAUCGUGGUUGCCCAGGAAGACAUCCUCCACGAGGGCCCUGUGGGCGGGCUGUUCGAUGGCGAACCUAGUGGGGAGGAUCACCCUAGCAUGGACAGAUUGGUGCACCAGCUCAAGGGAUUUUACCAGCGUGUUGGUAGUAUUACAACAAGGCGUCCUGGUUUUUUUGCUUCUCCUCCAAAUCUUGAGGAUACCCGGCCUCCGAUGAGCAACAUCCCAAAGGAACAUCAAAUCAUCCUGGGAGAGGUCACAGCCAUGAUAGAUUCAAUCAAAUUUGCAUUAACCAAGGGUGGAAUACCUGAGCAGGAAAUCAUUGCGGUUUGGCCCAUUACAAUGUCUAGUGACUUUGUGGGCUUGUUGCAAAAACCAAAGGUGCCUCGACAACAACACGAACCCUCCCAGCCAUCCACUUCCGCCACCGGCUCUUUCACAUCACCACCGCCAGGUGGACGAAAUCCGAUCGCGUUAGCUUUACUAGGGUAUUAUUGCUGCGUCAUGAAGGGAACGGAGUGUGAGUGCUGGUUCACCAAGGGCUGGGCCGAGGCACUCAUUAAGGAGGUAAUAGCCGAGUUGGAGGAGUUGGCAGAGGUAACUAUGAACAUGACCUCUGGGAGCGGGAGCGGGUGCGGGAGUACAACGCCGGAGGUUCAGGAAGGGGAUCAUGACCAAGACCAGACGGGGGUUGACGGACCAGUAGAGGUAUGGAGGGAGUGGGUGAGGAGAGAAUGGCUGGAGGAUGCGCAGUGGGCCAGAAAGUGGAUUACCACAAAGGCUGAAGAGGAAUUGCCCAAGCCAACAUUCUUCUCGGGUAACCCUAUGGCGGAUGCCAUGCAUGUGAUGAUGGAUGCUGAGGGUCAGCAACCGGGCGAGGAUGCCCCUGUGAUGGAGCUGGAUACUCAGGAUCAGCAACCGGGCGCGGAUGAUCUGGAUCCUGUGAUGGAUACAACUCAAGAUCAGCAACAGGAUGCCCCUAUGAUGGAUACUACCUCAAGUCAGGAUCAGCAACCGGGCGCCGACGCCCCUGUGACAAAAACUCGAGAUCAACAACUGGACGUGCCCGAACCCGCGCCAGCCGAGGCAACAUCCUUGGAUGUCCUUGUGGCGGGAGCCCAAGGUGAGCAACCAGGUGUGCCCGAAGCACAGGCAGCCACGGGGGCGUCGGAGGAGAACGUCGAUACUACUGCCACUGCGGAAGAGCCAACGAGGUCAAGUAUCGGAUGUAGGUCUAAGAAAUGGAAGAGCAUAUCAGGAGCAGCAAAGAAAGUGGCAUUAUGA